CACGCAUAUACUCUCAUUAUAUCCACCAAAAGAAACACCAACUGAAUAAUGAAUAUACCCUUUUCUUCGUCUUCUUCUUCCACUUUGGCCCUUCCAACUUUAUCACUUUACACAUCUCCUCUUCUAUUUCUUUUCCAAGUUCCCCCAAACAUUAUUAUAAAUACUCUCUUUCCCCAUCUUGAUCAACCCCAUGUAAUCACAUUAUUUAUCAUCAUCCCAAACAAUGAGCGCCAAAGAUGAGAAAGAUUGUGGCCACGACGACGACGACUACCAACAAUUCCUCCGUCGUCUCGGCAUCGUCCUCCUAAUCUUAAUCAUAAUCGUCGGCAUUAUAAUCUUCAUCGUCUGGGCCGUCCUCCGCCCGUCAAAACCACACUUCAUCCUCCAAGACGUCACCGUUUUCGGCCUCAAUGCAUCUGUUUCCCCAAAUCUCUUAUCCCUCAAUCUGCAAGUUACUAUCUCUUCACGUAAUCCCAACGAUCGCAUUGGCAUUUACUAUCUCACAAUGGAUGUGUACGGCGCUUAUCGUGGCCAACAAGUUACACUUCCUACGCUUCUCCCUUCUACGUACCAAGGCCAUCGCGAUGUCGUCGUUUGGUCUCCAUUCCUUAGUGGCGAUGCGGUUCCUGUCGCUCCCGACGUUGCUAUGUCGUUGCAACAGGAUCGAAACGUUGGAGCUGUUUUGUUUAAUGUGAAGAUUGAUGGGCAGGUUAAGUGGAAAGUUGGGACGUGGAUUUCAGGUAGGUAUCAUUUGAAUGUUAACUGUCCGGCGUUCAUUAAGUUUGGGAACCCUGAUCGUGCCAUUGCCAUUGGUUCCGCUAUGAAGUUUCAAAUUGUUCAAAGCUGCAACGUUGAAGUUUGAACUUUUUUUUUGUUUAAUUAAAGAAAUUGUUUUAAAUAACAAAACUAUUUCAAAAGAAAAUAUAUUUUAAAAUAUAGUAAAAUUACUUUACUAUAUUUUAAAAUAUUUUUUUUUUGAGUAAGUUUUGUUAUAUUUGAAAACAAUUUUUUUAAUUAAUUAAUUCAAUUUUUUUUCUAAGUAUUGGAAAUGAGAUAUUGUAUGUUGGUAUUUUGGGUAAGUUAUAGAGAGGAAGCUCUCAAGAGAUUAAUUAACUAAUUAAUAUAAUGUAAUCUAAAGCACAAUAUAACUAUAAUUAGUCCUCAUCUACUUUCUUUUGCCUUUGGAUUAGAGAUUAAUUAAUAAUAUAUUAUAUCAUGGUUUUGAUUUAUUUGUUUUUUAGAGCAAAUAAGUUUGAAAUUUGACAUUUUAAUAUAUAAAUACGUAUACAAUCAAGAUGUUUGUAGUUUGAAUUACUAUUUUUAUAUCAUGAUAAAAAAUGGAAUAUCAUCGAGUGGAUUGGUAGUUGAAAAUUAGGUUGUAUUCCUACCCUCGUUGAAUUGGAAUGAGGUUGUCACAAUAUAUAUAUACAUGUAAUUCCUUCAUAAUGAUUAUUGUAGGGUUUUGGAUUCUCAAAUACUUAUACAUCUUAAGCCUCACGUUCUUUUUUACAAAAGUAAGCUUAUAAACACUCGAUUUUCCUUCGAAUUUUAGAAUGAGAGAAUUGCUAUGGAUUAUAAAUACAUCUUAGGUUUAUGAAAAUAUAUUAUAAUUAAAUUAAUACAUAUUGACAAUCAUGUUUAAGAGUGGGUUUUGCUUUAUUAAUUUAGGUCAUGAGCAGAUAUUUUGAAUCAUACCUGUGGAAAAAAAACAUGCGUACGACAUCUAAUUUCAUAGUUUAAUUUAAUCAACUCAAACAUAAUUGAUAUUAUCUUCUAUGAAAUAAUAUCAAAGAUACUCAUAGAUGUUCGUAUCUAUCACUGAUAGACUAUAAAAUUUUGCUAUAUUUUUAAAUAGUUUUUAACUUUUUUUUUUCCUACCUCAAAUUAAAACAAUAAGGAAAGAAGAAAAGUUAGACACAAGUGGUUGAUAGGGAAGGGGAAGCUUCUGUUCUGUUCCUACCAAAAGGAGAUAUGGCAGAUAAACUAAAUCUAAUUGACCAUUUCUCUAUGGUUAUAUACUUUGAAAAAAAUAUAAAGAGAAAGUGUAGUUGGAAGAAACACUGCAUCCUUUGAAAAAAGGUUUAAAAGUUAAAAAGAAAAUGAGAGAAAGUUGUCAUAAACUUAUAGGGAUUUUAUCUUGACUCAUAGCUAUAUUUCCACAAUAUCAUAUUCUUCUUAUCACUAAUGUAAUUCAAUUCAUGCAAUUUUGUGUAGGCAGUUUCGUUCUAGACAGUAUAAAAAAUUAUAUUUGAUCUCUUCAUGAAUAAUAGUAAUAAUAACAAGAUGUGAAGUUUUAAAUCCAAUUAACUUUUACAUAAUUUUGAGUAUAAAAAAUUUGAAAAAACUUAUUCAAUUACAUUAGGUUGUAUUUGUUCCCACUAGACCGAACUAUCGAUUAAUAAGGUUAGAGAUUUUCUUUCAUUUACGCAUAAAAUUUAAUUGAAUAUACCAAUACUCACAGUAUUUUUUUUAAAAAAAGUUAUUUUAGAUGACAAAAUUUAGGAAAAUAUUAGCAUUUAUUUACGACGGAUCGAACUAAACUACUAUAUGUAUAAUAUUUUAUAAAUAUUUUGGUUAAAAUAUAGUAUAGUUUCGAAAAUAUUUACCAAAAUAUAUCAUAAGGAAGCAAAGGUGAAAUGGUCUUUUCGCGUUUCCCGUUUAUUUCCAAUUCGAACAGAUAAAAUUGCCACCGUGCGACGUCCGUUCACGUCACUUCGAUACCGCCAAUCCGGCUGCGAGCUACGACGAAGAAUGGCGAAGAAAAGAAUCCAUACGCCCAUUUACAAGUAACCACUGUUUGUGCUGUCUGCCAGAAAAAUUCAAGUAUUCAGUACCAUUCUCUUUUUGGGUUCUGUUUUCUUUCUCAUUCCACUUCUUUGGCUAACCCUACAUGGGAAACAGACCCGUGAAGCAACCACAGGAAGAAGUUUUCUUGAAGAUAGUACCUCCUUUGGACCAAACAUAUGUUAGAUGGCUAGCUCGUGAUCUCGAGAGGAUUCAUGGCUUCACCCCGAGAAAUCCUCGUGCCGUGAAGCCUCCCGAUCACUACAUAGAGUUCAUGCGCUUGAAUGGAUGGUUGGACGUGAGCUUAGAUGAUCCAGAUCUCGCACGUUUACUCAAAUAGCCAUGUCUUACAAACUCGAAAGUGUAUCAUUGUGGACAUCUAUCCUCUAUCUUCUUAUAAUGUUAGUUCAAAGACUCUCCAACUGUCAUUUGGAGGUAAUCCUGUUUAUGUCAACCAGUUGUCCAUUAGCAAUUUCUGUUAACAGGAAUUGUGGAAUAAAAUUCUAUGGUGUUGCCAAACCAUCACCUCAAUUCGAUAUUUGUAAUGUCAUUAUUACUUCACAUUAGUUGAAAUUUACCAUUUUCUUUUUUUA